AUAUUUCUUUGUCUCAAAGUCAGUCUGUUAUCAAACAAAUAUGAAGCUUCAUUUGCAAACCUUUGUAUUGUUUUUAAUAUGCUGUUUUGCCUUUUCAGAGGCGCUAAGAAGGAAGAGAGAAUGGUGUAGGCCAGUAGACACAGAGACCCAGUGCAUACUUGGCAUCUUUGGUAGCGUUUGUCACAUGAAGGAUGACAUGUGCUGUUGCCCACCAAUUUAUCCGGGUAAGAGAGAAGCAGGACACUGCGCUAUGGUGUGGGACUGGGUUUGUCCCCCUAACUGUAAGAUGGUGAGGGACUGCCGAACUAGAUGUGACAUGCCGGGAGAGUACUGUUGCUGGUGUACCUCCUAAACUCAACGCAACAAAUAAAGAAUUGUCA